AUGGUGACAACUUUCUUACUGUCUGUGCUGCUGAUGCUGGGGAGCCUCAGCGGAGUAGCGGAGUCCGACCUGCUGGUCCCCCGUUUUGUACGCAGCCUCAACAGCCGACACGCCAAGAGAGGAGAGAUUCACGAUCAGGUCAAACCCGAGAACCACAGGAGUUUAGACGAGGAGAGCUUCAGGGUGAACACGACUCCAGCCGUCAGCAAAAGCAGCUCUCCCGUCAUCACCAGGCUGUUCCCUCCCUCUGCAGCGCCCAGUCACAAGCAUGUUAACAUGCCGCUCCGCUUCGGCCGCCAGAUUGACUCCGGCGAGGGCCAGUCGUCCAAUCCCAACCUGCCUCAGAGAUUCGGAAGGGCUUGGGAAAUGAUUCGAGCCAGUUCCAAGUGCCCACUUCUCCGAGUGGCUCAUAGACACAGUCUGGCUAAUGCUCGGUUGUUCAACACAGAUUUGGAAUAUGCAGCAGUUGUAGAACGUGACAUCUGCAGAGUGGAGUCGAGACCCAAGACUUGGCUGUGGUGGCUGCACUAUGGAGACAAGGGCUAA